UCCUAGGGAGCGCGCCCUGGCCGCGUGCCUGCGACGCCGGCGCCGCGCACUCAGCGCGCGCCCUCACGCCCGCGGGCGCGCGCGCGCCGCGGUGCCACGAACGCCCCGGAGCCUCCAACUCCCGACCUAGAAGCCAGCUUCCUGCGAGCAUGCCCCUCGGUGGAUUUUCUCGCUCCCAGGUCACAAGAGUUGGCAGAUGCAGAAAUGCAGGCUCUGGGGUUUGAAGGGGAAUCCACAAUGGAAGAAUGGAAGGACGGCCCGCUAGAUUAUAAGGAAUCCGGAAUGGAGGAAUGGACUGAUGACCAGCUAGAUUAUAUGGAAUCUGCAGUGGAGGAAUGGAAUGAGAACCAGCUAGAUUAUGAGUCAGAAAAAAUGAUCUUAAGACAGACCCAGUUAAAGAAGACUAUUACACGCUUGACUAUUCACCUUGAAAGUGAUAUGCAGAGACUAGAUGAAGAAAACCAGGAGCUUCUUCUCAAAAUCCAAGAGAAAGAACGUGAGAUCCAGAGGCUGGAAACUGAGAUCACUGGGGCUGGUGACCCAGCGGAAGAAGAGGAGUUGGAGGAAGAAAACAAUUCCAUAGAGGAAAGGGAAGCAGCCUUGCAGAAUCUGAAAGAAGAAAUAGAUCGACUUGAACAGAAGAAAAAGGCCCUGGUCAAGAGCAUAGCAGGACUUCAGGCAAAGCUUUCAAGCAAGUCACAGGAGAAAAGGAAGUUCAAGCGAGGCAAUGUGGACAGAAGUCCAGAAGUGGCAAAGAUUCAACUACAGCAGCUGGAAGCUUCCUGCACAGAGCAAGAGAAGGAGCUGGUUAAGGUAAUGCAAGACUACGAGUUUGUGACCCAGCUCUGUGAAGAUCAAGCCCGAUGCAUAAAGAAUUACCAAGCAACACUGAGAAGAUUAGAAGAAGAACAAGAGACCGAAUUACUUGACAUAGAACUAUCAAAAGUGUUAAACAUGACUUCCCUAAUAAGCACUGAAGACAGCCAAAAUCAUGAGUGUAAUUCUGUUCUAAAAAAGUCAACAUCGUUUUGUAAAAGGAUUUUUCGUGUUUUCCUUUACACCACUUUAUUUUUCGCCAGACUGCUGGGAUACCUUGUCUUUCAUUUAUGUUUUAUAAAUCCAGAUAUCCUGGCCACCAUACUUCCCAGGAUAUUCAACAGAAACACAUUGUGGAAGCUGACACGUGCCCUCUGUCAGUCCCUUACACUUGAGACAGAGGACGUGUUACCUCACUGAUCCUCAGACAGACGCUCGGGAAACAGGGGCAAGUGAGACCUAAGACUAAAGAUGGGAGAUGCUGGUCCUGGUAGAGCAAAGAAAGUUUCCUCAGCUUCUACCAUAGAGGUCUGAAAACCCUACCACUUUCUAACAACUUGUGGCUUUC